AUGACACACACUCCAACUUUCCCAAUCCACCGCCUUCCCUUGCCGCGCAAGACACUCCAAGCGUCCCUCGCCCGCCUCGCCCUGGACGACGAGCCCAGCUCGCAGAGGAGGAGCACAACAUUCGCUCCCAAUGGACGUGGAAUUUGGGCUCGCACCUUGCCCCUGUGGACCGACUGGCCACUGCGCAUCACCGAGGCGGAGGCGGCCGAGUUUGCCAAGAACGCGGAGGGCGGCGUGGUCACUGCCAACGAUGUGCUGCGCCGGUGGGACCCAGUCGACUUUGAGGCUGCAGACGAGGAGAGCGGGUUGAGGCUGGGUACCAGUUCCCAUCGCCUGAAGCUCGCCCCGGUACUUCUCGGGGUAGUGGAGUCGGCUCGCCAUGAGCUCCUGCCUCAUCUCGAGGUUGGUCCUGUGGAGACCGAGGCCUUGGAGAACACGCAGGACGAAAGCAGGGACGCCCUCGUAGAUGUCCUCUCGGGACGUCGCGUGCUCGAAAACGUCGAUGGAACUUAUGGGUCGUGGUCGACCCGGUACUGUGGCCACCAGUUUGGUCAGUGGGCCGGCCAGCUCGGUGACGGCCGUGCCAUCUCGCUGCUGGAGACGGCCAGCGAGAAGGGAAGGUGUGAGAUCCAGGUGAAGGGUGCCGGUCGCACGCCCUUCUCGCGUUCGGCAGAUGGUCUUGCCGUACUCCGGUCUGGUGUGAGGGAAUACCUAGGCUGCGAGGCGCUCGCUGCUCUUGGCAUCCCAACGACCCGCUCGCUCGCCAUUCUCACUUCUCCCGUAACGGUGAUGCGCGAGCAGGGCCCCGAGCCCUCCUCGCUCGUCGCCCGCAUUGCGCCUUCCUUUAUCCGUAUCGGCCACUUUGAGGCCCUCAACCCCGGAGAGUCGGGACGGAACGUGCACACCCUCUUCUUUGGCGGCGCCUGGCGCGCAGAGGAGGCGGAGGUCGACAAGAACGACGCCCUCGGCGGACAAGGCAACCUCGAGGGACUCCGUGACCUCACCCUCUGGGUCAAGGACGAGAUCAUGGGUGGCCGCCACGAGACCGUCAAGGAGUGGUUUGAGGACGUCGUUCGUCGCAAUGCCGAGACGGUUGCCCUCUGGCAGGUUUACGGGUUCAUGCACGGUGUCUUGAACACUGACAACAUCUCGAUCCUCGGUCUCACCAUCGACUACGGACCGUACGCGUUCAUGGACACUUGGGACGUGAACCACAUCUGCAGUGAGUUUGUCCACUAUCGCAAGCAGCCUGAGCGUGUGCUUUUCGCCCUUGACUCGCUCGCCAGCUCUCUCCUCCCUAUGCUUGGUUAUGAGGCCAAGAACUCGGCCCUUCCGGCUGAGGGGUGGAGCGAAAAGGCAACAACCGACGACAUCCGCCAAUGGGAUGAGGCCGGUCUCGAGGCAAUCAAGGGCUGGAACGACAAGUUCAACGAAAUUGUCGAGGAGACGCAGCGUGCCGCUUGGGCAAAGCGGUUCGGAAUUAAGACUUUCCGCGACUCGGACGACCGCGACGUCGUGCGCAACCACCUCUUGCUCCUGACCGCCACCUCGGGCGACUUUGGCGUCUCCCUCCGCCGCCUCUCCUUCUUUGCUCCCACCCGCGUUGACGAAGACGGGUACGUGCGCAGCUUUGCGCGCCAGUGGGUGGCCGCCGCCGCCAGCUCGCUCCCCUCGGACUCGGUCAGCCGCGCCGAGGAGGACAUUGCCGCUUGGCUCAAGACGUACGCUGCGCGCGUCAACGAAGAGGAGGAGGUGGCGGCGUGGAAGGCUGUCGCGGAGGGUGUGGAGGGAUGGGAGGCGACGCGCGCCGACGCGAUGCGCAACGUCAACCCGCGCUUCAUUCUCCGUCAGUGGGUGCUCGAGGACGUGAUCAAGACGAUGGACACGGCGGUGACUGCGGGCGAUAUCCCGGCGGCGCGUACGGCCCUUGCGCGUGUGCUCGAGCUGUCCUCCAAUCCCUUCGAGCCGUAUGGCGAGGACGCCGAGGGCAACAUCUCCGUGUGCGACGGAGAGACUGCCGAACGCGCGCGUCUCGCUGGCGUCGGACCAAAGGCCAUGCUCGGAUUCCAGUGCUCGUGUAGUUCGUAG